GGCCCCCGCGCUGAGGCUCGGCGGGGCCGGCCGGCGCGCUGCAUCUGGCCGGCCCGGUUCCGAGCUCGCCGGCCGGGAGCGGCAGCGCGCUCCGGGCAGCUGGACAAACCCCCGCGCCCGGCUGCGCCGCGCCAUGCCGGAGGGCUGAGCGUCGCGGACGCUGCACUCUGGGACACAGCAGGACUUGGUCCCGCUUUGCGUGGGGACUGCGCGCGCCAGGGCCGAGCCCGGGCCGCUGACCAUGGUGCUGCCGCCUCCGGACCGGCGCCACGUGUGCCUGACCACGCUGGUGAUCAUGGGCAGUAUGGCCGUCAUGGACGCAUACCUGGUGGAGCAGAAUCAGGGCCCGCGCAAGAUCGGCGUGUGCAUAAUUGUGUUGGUAGGCGAUGUGUGCUUCCUGUUGGUGCUGCGCUAUGUGGCCGUGUGGGUGGGUGCCGAGGUGCGCACAGCCAAGCGUGGCUACGCUAUGAUCCUCUGGUUCCUCUAUAUCUUCGUGCUGGAGAUCAAGCUCUACUUCAUCUUUCAGAACUACAAGGCGGCGCGGCGUGGGGCGGCCGACCCGGUGGCUCGCAAGGCGCUGACACUGCUGCUGUCCGUGUGCGUGCCCGGCCUCUUCCUGUUGCUUGUGGCACUAGACCGCAUGGAGUAUGUGCGCACCUUCCGAAAGCGCGAGGACCUUCGCGGCCGCCUCUUCUGGGUGGCUCUGGAUCUGCUGGAUCUGCUGGACAUGCAGGCCAACCUCUGGGAGCCGCCGCGCACCGGGCUGCCUCUGUGGGCCGAAGGCCUCACCUUUUUCUAUUGCUACAUGCUGCUGCUGGUGCUGCCCUGCGUGGCGCUCAGCGAGGUCAGCAUGCAGGGGGAGCACAUCGCACCGCAGAAGAUGAUGCUGUACCCGGUGCUCAGUCUGGCCACCGUCAACGUGGUGGCUGUGCUGGCCCGUGCCGCCAACAUGGCACUCUUCCGCGAUAGCCGAGUCUCCGCCAUCUUCGUGGGCAAGAACGUGGUGGCGCUGGCCACCAAGGCCUGCACGUUCCUCGAGUACCGCCGCCAGGUCCGCGACUUUCCUCCACCCGCCCUCGCGCUUGAGCUGCAACCACCUCCUUCCCAGCGCAACUCGGUGCCGCCACCUCCGCCACUGCAUGGUCCGCCGGUGCGCCCCCACGGGCCCUCGCCCACUCGCGAUGCGUUGGACACGUGACAGGGCCCCCGCGGGCCGCACAGACGCUGGACUAGCUGCGCGCGGUUUGCAUGGGAUGGGAUGGGGCAGGCUCCCAUUUGGGACAGGGGCUGUGAGUACCUGUGCAGUGCCUGGGGUGCCGGGGCCGCGUCUGCUUCUUCAUCUCAGGAAUCUCUCGGACCAUGGACCCUCAACUUCCACUCCACUGGCUCACCUUGAUGCACAGGGGCAGUUUGGUGAGGCCUGGUCCCGAGUGGAGAUGCCUCAACCCUGCCUGCUGCUGGGCUGCCAGGGUGGGAAGGGAGGGCGGUGUUCCAGGAGAUCUGGACCUAUGGUAGGGGCCCCUGGCUCAGAGUUUGGGGCCAGUGAGGCCUCUGUCAUUUUAAAGACUUGUGUUUACAGUUUUGUACCCA